AUGACGAUGGUGGAGAUCAACCAAGUAACUUGCAACAAGAUGGCGAUGAAGAUGUUGAAAUGGAUUAGCACGAAAAUUGUCGAAGAUGUGGAGAUGGAGGUACCGAGUUCUGACAAUGGCAUCAGUGGCACAUCUUCGAGUGAGACAAGCGAUCAUUAUAUUGAUAGAAGCAUGAACACCGAGCAACAUCAACGCAACUCGCAGGUAACCCCCAACAAGGACUUCGUCACCAAUAAGUUGAAUUGCACAAUUCGCACGACUCUGGUGCGAUGGUGUUCUGAUCACAACUUAAGCAUCGUUCCCGUCGCGAGCAUCAGUAUCGUGUUCUUACUGACGAUGCCAGUGAGAGAAGUGGAUCCGGACCACGAAGAGGUGUUGAUGAAGUGUUACCAAUUGAGAAAUCUGUUCAACUCUUGCUGA